AUGAAUAACACUGGAUUAUAUAAUCUGAAUCCUGAUUUGACCAAAAUAAAAAAUAUCGACAAUUCCCACUUGCUACUGAAGUUACCUAAGAGAUAUAUAUAUAAACAUAAGAAUUGCAUAAUAAAUACUGAUAUUGUAUCUUCAAGUUUGGAUUAUUCUUAUAAGGUAAAUAGAUCUAAUGUUUUAGAAGUAGAGGAUUUAUGGGAUUCACCAAGAAUUACACCUAAUUUUGGAGGUGAAGAUGGAAAAUUUAGUGGAUCUAUUACUAAUACAAUACCAAAGACUAUCAUUCCUGAUAUAUAUAUAAAUUUGAUAAAUAAUCAUGAUCAAAUUUAUGAAACAUUUAAUGAAGUUGAUGAGACAAAAAUAGUAAAUACUCCAAAUUCAAAAUUAAGCAGAGUAAACAGUGAAGGAAGCAGGUAUGGAUUAAACACUAAUGACUGCAGUAAAGAUAUUAAUUUAUCCCCAUUGUUAUAUUCAACUCCAACAUAUAGACUAUAUGAUUUAAAGAAAAUACGAAGUAGAAAUCAGUUAACUGCUAUUAAUAAUAGUCCCAAUAUCUGGAUAUCAGAUUCUAACACAGAUCAUGCUUCUUCAUUUCUCCCAUUGCAGAAAAAAUCAAUCAGUCUUUUAGAUACACGAGGUAUAUUGGGUCCUCAGACAUUUUUAACAAGUUCAGGUAGUAUUCACAUCUCAAAAAGUGGUGAUUUUAGUUUUGAAUAUUCUAGUGGCAAGAAAAACUUUAUUAUUACAGGAGGAGGCUGCUUUAUAAUAAUAAAAGAUAAGCACAGUGGUGAAAGUGACAUAAUUUUUCAUGUAAGUCAAUUGACAAAAUAUCAUAUCCAACGUUAUAUAUAUGCCACUGAAUUAUGUAACACUUUAAAGAGUCAUGUCCCAAGAGUUAAGCUCAUUACAAAGGAAGGUAUUUUUGAAUUAAUGUCAAAUGACACUCCUGUAUCUGAUUUUCACUGUAUGUUCAAUCAGAAAUAUAAUUCAAAAUUUCAAAAGGUCGUUAUAGUUAGUAGGACACAGGAAGUAACUUUCUUUAUUGAACAGGAAGAGCUUCCUUUAACUGUUAAGACCUCGCUACUAGAAUUAGUUCUAUAUUCUGAUAGAUUUGACAAGUGUACCAAUAAGUACUAUGAAGAGCAACUGUUAGAAGUUAUAAAACAACUAGAGCAUCUCAAAACUGAGUGGACCCAACUCCUAACUAUUUGGAGAUUAACUGUUACAAAACUUGAAUAUUGCAGAAGGCUUGAAGCUAAGGGUUUCCAAGAAUAUCACAAUCUAACGAAAAGUCUUAUUAAAAAAAGGCAACUUUAUCUAAAUGAGAGCGAUUAUAGACUUUCCAAUAUUAAUACUGAUAAAGAAGAAUUUCAACAAACUCUUUGGACUAUUCAGAAAGAGGCAAUGGAGGCUACUUUUCCAAUUGUUGUGUACUGGACAGAUUGUGAAUAA